CUGCCUCGUGCCCGGCCCGGCCCCGCCCCGCGCGCCUUCCCGCGCUGCCCCGAGCCCGGCCCCGCCCCGCCCCGCCCGGCAGCCGGGGAGGGGCUCCCGCCGCCCGCGCCGCCGCCCGCGCUCCCGGCAGCUGCCGCCGGCCCCUCGGCGCCUCGCCCGCCCGCGUUCCCCCGCCCGGCGGCCGCGAUGUCCGACAAGGAGUUCAUGUGGGCCCUGAAAAACGGAGACUUGGAUGAGGUGAAGGACUACGUGGCCAAGGGUGAAGAUGUCAACCGGACACUUGAAGGUGGGAGGAAGCCUCUUCACUAUGCAGCAGACUGCGGACAGCUUGAGAUCCUGGAAUUUCUGCUCUUGAAAGGAGCUGACAUUAAUGCUCCAGACAAACACAAUAUCACACCACUCCUAUCAGCAGUCUAUGAGGGCCACGUUUCCUGUGUGAAAUUGCUUCUGUCAAAGGGUGCUGACAAGACUGUGAAAGGCCCAGACGGACUAACUGCCUUUGAAGCCACUGACAACCAGGCAAUCAAGACUCUUCUUCAGUGACGGAUGGACUGAUACCUUAAAUGUCUCUCCUGUGGCCUCACACUGCUGCCUGUCUGUCACUCUUUGCAUCUUCCAGCUUCUUCAGCUAAAUACUUUGGGGGGAGGGAAAUUCUUUGAGUCAGACUAGUUAGGGGCUUGUAUCAGAGAUAAUCUGGUUGGAGAGGGUUGAAAAUUAUUAUGAACAGUGUCCCUCUAGGACUUCUUUCCAGUGCACAAUCUCUUCCCAUUUCUAGUGAAAAUGGAAGGAGGAAGACAGACCAUGCUGAAUUUUUGGCUUGUAAGCCUCCUAGAUUAGUACUAAGAUUUUUUAGAUAGAUGAAAGUACUUCCUUUAGAUGGAAGUACUGUGCUAUGUACCUGAAAUUAAUUGUGAAGGAGACAGUAGUCCCAUGCUCAUAGUGUCUGCCAUAAUCUGAAGUGUAGUAAUGUAGGUGGCUGGGUUGCUCUUCUCUCUCCUCUCUCUGUGGGUAGCUUUAUUCUUCUUCUGCCUGAAGCUUCUGUUGCAGUUUUGAGGACUUUUGAUACUAGUUAUUGGAGCUGUUCUUUAUAUUGACUAAUUGGAUGUCACACUAAUGUUUUCUGAUUCUUGAGCAAACCGAGAAAGACUGGUUGAGGCAUGGUGGUGUUACACUCCAUAAUAUCUGCCAAGGUACUUCUGGGUGCUUGAAUUUGAAGUCUUUCUAUCCCAUAUUUGUUCUGGUCCAGGACAGGCAUUUUAAGUAAUUGGUUUUGAGACAGAGGUCAAAAUUUCACUGUAGUUUUUUUCCAAAAGGAAUGUAAGAUGAAAUUUCUUGACUCACCACAUCAGCAUAAAAUUCCUAGACACGGGUGGAAGCUCCAGGCUGUUUAGUACACAAGGAUAAUCAAGGCAAAUGUGGAAAAUGAACAGUAGUUAUUUAGAUAUUCAUAUCAGGUGAACAUCGUUGCUAAACUUUCCUGGUAAACAUGGAACCUUUUUAAGUUCAGAUGUAGAAGCAGGAAGAUGUACAAGCAGAAGUCUUAACUUGCUCGAACUACUACAGAAUUUUUUAAUUGUGCAUAUCUUCAAAUCAGUGUUUCAUUGUCAAAUGGAUGAACCUCUUAAAUUCCAUUAAGGCAUGGGGCUUGUUCUGGAAGUUGCCAGUGUGACCAUACCACAUUAACCAUUGACUUUUAGAUAAGAUUUACAAUCCCAGUAAGUAUGACAGUCUUGAUCAUUCAUGGGACGGUGUUUAAUGAUGUUCUAGGCACUCCCAUCACAUCUUGUGGUCCUCAGGAAUGUCUGAGCUUCUGACUUUCAUCCUGAAAAUUUUCAUUAGACUCUUGGUUCACCUAAAACUGAGUAACAGGUUCUAUACCACAAACUAUACAUCUUCCUCUCUUUUGGAGUACUGAUUUCAAACUUUCUGGUGACAAAGGCAAUACAGCAAAACAAAUGUAUAUAACGUCUCAUGCUGAAUUCUUAAACAAAAGUAGCUGAUUAUUUUGAUAUCACUGUUGAAACUGAGAGGAUAUAUAGAAGUAGACUGGUGACUACCACUUGUAUUUAAUGGAGAUUUAGUUUUACUUGAAUAAUGUUGCAUAUUAGGAUUGAAUGUCUCGGCUAUGAAAAGCAUUGCAUUUAGACUGUAAAAUGAGAGCAGGAACCAAUUUACAUCUUCACCUACCAUAAGAAAAGCAAUGGAGAAAACAAUCAACUCUGGCCAUAAACUGUACAGAGCAAUUACUCUUUUUCCUGGAGAUGGGUGGCAAGGAAUAGCAGAAGGGUUGGAAAUCAGUGAUAAAUCAAUUGGUGAACUGCUGAUAAAAGAACAAGAAUAUUUGGUGAAGAGUGCUUUUAAUAACUAUUUAUAAGAGGACUCUUUAAUCUUAUCUCUGAUCAGUGCUGGAUUGUCAUGUCAUUGUAAUAGUGUGAACACAGACUAUAGGUUUAACUCUUUAUUCAGCUAUGAAAGUAACAAUCUUUGGCAUCAGUUUGCCUCCAUAUUAUGCUGUUAAAUACUUAGCUAUUCAGAUACUAGUCUAGAAAACUGCAAAAGCUGUUUUUACGUGGAGAACUUGAUUAUUCAAGUUUUUUGUGUUGACUAGUGUCAAGUUGUCUGGCCAAUAGCGGUUUUGUAUUUUUGUUGGGUUUUUUUUUCUUCUGUAUUCUUUCCUGCCCUUCCCUUUAACUCUCAUUUAAGUGAGCAAAGAAACAUCAUCUUUGUACUAACUCUUCUGGAGAUUCACUGAGGCAAUUUUGCCUCCCUUUUUCUACAAUUAUGGGGACACCUUAUUUUUUCUUACUUCACCCUGUUGGGGGAAAAAAGAAGCAAACAGACUUCAGUGAGUCAAGUGUUAAUUUGGCUGUAAUAUAUACCCAAGCUGCCUUUUGAGAUAGUUAAAAAAGAUGGCAUUUAAUGUUUGGCUUAUAAAGAAGAAAUACUUUUCUGCUUUUUGCACUACAUAACAGAUGUUUAAUCAUUUUGCCCAGGAUUUAAAAGAAGAAGAAAAAAAAAAAAGGUAAAAAUAAAAGCUUAUGCAUUUGUAAUUGCCUAGAGACUGGGCUUGUUCAUUUGUUUCUUUCUUGUUAGCUAUUUUGUGCAAAAAAUAAUGGGUGGCUUCCUCUAUCUUUGAGUAGGUCCUAACUAGAUAAAAAUACCAAACUGUAAAUUAUUUUUCAUUCUAUAAACAGAAUUUGAAUACUUUGUCAGACUGGAAUUGCAUAUACUUGGAAAUCCACUCUGUUCUUAAACCUUUUCCUUUGAAAUUUGUGCUGAAUAAGUUAUAAACUUAAGUAUGUUUUGGAUUUUGUACCCUCUGCUCCCUUUUUCUUACAGGGAGCAAAUGAGAAAAGGAGUACAAUAGCUAAAUGGAACUGAACAUAACAUUGAUUAUUUGUAGAAGAGGCUGGCAAGAAUAGAGUGUCCUAGGUCAAGCAAUUGCAGUGUUGCAUGCAAAAUUUCAAAAUGAACUUGUCUUAAUUAUAUUUUGUAAAUGGAUAAACAAUCAUCUUUCUACGCAGUGACAGAAGAAAAAUUAGUGCUCUGUGCAUUUUGAUAUUUGACUUUCUCUUUUCACCGUUGUUAACUGUUUUGACACAGUUGGGUUCAUCAUUAUCAUGGUUCAUAGGCAUCAGAAUGCUAAAUGAUACUGUAUUUUUAAGUUUGUGUUGCAAGAAUGAAUGGAAUAAACUUGAAUUGUGCUAUAUGAGAA